AUGGCGUCGGAUAUCGAGCAACAUACCGUCUCCUCAGCCAACAAGGUCGGGCAAUUUUCAGGUGAGACUGAGACCGGUGGCGUGAAGGAACCUCUUUUGGAAAAUGGGAAUCACGAAUUUGAGGAUUUUUCUGUGGUCUCGGCGAUACUUCCGUUUCUGUUCCCUGCUUUUGGAGGACUGCUAUAUGGCUAUGAUAUUGGAGCCACAUCUUCAGCUACCAUUUCUAUUCAGUCAGCCACACUCAGUGGGAUUUCAUGGUAUAACUUGUCUUCGGUGGAAGUUGGCCUUGUUACUAGUGGCUCAUUAUAUGGUGCAUUAAUAGGCUCAGUUUUGGCUUUUAAUGUUGCUGACUUCCUCGGAAGAAGAAGAGAGUUGAUUCUUUCCUCUAUACUUUACCUCAUUGGAGCUCUUGUGAUGUCCUUAGCACCUAAUUUUGCUGUUUUGGUGAUUGGGCGUUUUCUUUAUGGUAUCGGAAUUGGAUUGGCAAUGCAUGCUGCUCCCAUGUAUAUAGCUGAGACAGCUCCAAGUCAGAUACGAGGACAGCUAAUUUCUCUCAAAGAAGUUUUCAUAGUCCUUGGGAUGCUAGUGAGUUAUAUCGUUGGCAGCCUUUUGGUUGAGACUGUUGCUGGUUGGCGUUACAUGUAUGGAGUUAGUAUCCCUUUAUCACUUAUAAUGGGGAUUGGAAUGUGGUGGCUACCUGAAUCACCUAGAUGGAUUCUACUACGCGCCAUACAGGGAAAAGGAAAUGAACAAGGUUUAAGAGAAAAUGCCAUAACUUGCUUGUGCCGGUUAAGAGGUCAAAGUAUCAGUGAUUCAGCUCCUAAACAAGUAGAUGAAAUUCUGUCUGAGCUUUCUCAUUUGCGUGAAGAACAAGAAGCAACUAUAGCAGAAAUGUUCCAGGGGAAAUGCUUGAAAGCUCUUAUAAUAGGUGCGGGCAUAGUCUUGUUUCAACAGAUAACGGGGCAACCUAGUGUAUUAUAUUAUGCUGCAACAAUUUUUCAGAGUGCAGGAUUUUCUGCAGCAUCUGAUGCAACAAAAGUCUCAAUACUUCUUGGGUUGUUUAAGCUGAUUAUGACUGGGGUAGCAGUCCUGGUUGUUGAUAGAUUAGGGAGAAGACCUCUGCUACUUGGAGGUGUUUCUGGUAUGGUAAUAUCUCUAUUUCUUCUGGGGUCUUAUUAUACUUAUCUAGAUGAUGUCCCAACUGUGGCAGUUGUUGCUUUGCUGUUAUACGUUGGAUGUUACCAGUUAUCAUUUGGUCCCAUUGGUUGGUUAUUGAUUUCUGAGAUUUUCCCCUUGCGCGUAAGAGGACGAGGAUUAAGUAUUGCAGUUCUUGUGAAUUUUGGAGCAAAUGCUCUGGUGACAUUUGCCUUUUCACCUCUGAAGGAUUUGUUGGGUGCUGGAAUUUUGUUUUUCAUUUUUGGGGGGAUAGCCAUCUUGUCUCUCGUCUUCAUCUUUUUCAUUAUACCAGAGACGAAAGGGCUUACUUUGGAGGAGAUCGAGGCCAAACUCCUUUAG